UCUGGGCCCGAGCCCGCCAGACUGCGGACCCCACGCAAACUGCACCAAUAUUUCUGGGAAUUACUCCUGCAGCUGCACCAAUGGCUACGAGCCCAGCGCUGGGAAAGCCAAGUUCACCCACGCGAGUGAGAACAGCUGCCAGGAUAUUAACGAGUGUCAGGGCCCGAGCCCGGCAGACUGUGGACCCCACGCAAACUGCACCAACGUGCCUGGGAAUUACUCCUGCACCUGCAUCGAUGGCUAUGAGCCCAGCUCUGGGAAAGCCAAGUUCACACACGCGAGUGAGAACAGCUGCCAGGAUAUUGACGAGUGUCUGGGCCCGAGCCCGCCAGACUGCGGACCCCACGCAAACUGCACUAAUAUGUCUGGGAAUUACUCCUGCAGCUGCACCAAUGGCUACGAGCCCAGCACUGGGAAAGCCAAGUUCACCCACGCGAGUGAGAACAGCUGCCAGGAUAUUAACGAGUGUCAGGGCCCGAGCCCGGCAGACUGUGGACCCCACGCAAACUGCACCAACGUGCCUGGGAAUUACUCCUGCACCUGCAUCGAUGGCUAUGAGCCCAGCUCUGGGAAAGACAAGUUCACACACGCGAGUGAGAACAGCUGCCAGGACAUCGACGAGUGCAACAAGACCACAGAUAUCUGUGGGCCCAAGACCAUGUGCAUCAACACCAAUGGGAGCUACCGGUGUGAGUGCCUGGCUGGCUACAUCCCCUCCAAUGGGAACACGACGGUGUGCAAAGUCCCCAGCAUUAACUCCAGUGUUCAGUUCGUGGCCAUCAAAGAGACGUUCAGGAAUUUCUCUCUGCAGGGAAAGCGGAGCGGUGAAAGCAGCAUUUUUUCCUCUUUCUUUAAUUCGACCUUCGACAUUUUGAUGUCCAUGUUUGGAGACGGGAAUGUGACGUUAUCACUGGAGAACGCGACUCUCCCUUUCAACUCGGUCCUGAACAGCACCUCCCGCUUGGACGGUGGAGGCAAGGGCGAGGUUGUGUCGGCUGUAACGUUCGUCCUGCAGACAAUGGAACUGUCCACGCUGGCCAUUGCGCUCCAGUCUCCGGAGAGGACAACACAGGACGUGACCACAGAGUCUCUGGCUAUCCAGACGCGGCUCGUCACAGGGAACUGCAGCCAGCACAGCGAGGUCUUCACGCUGAGAGCUCACGAGGAGACGAUGGACAUGCACUGUGAUACAAUCACCGGGGCAGCCACACAAGGUGUGGGGGCUGCUGCUUUUAUUUCCUACUCCACCCUGGACUCCAUCAUCAGUGCGAGACGUCUCAGCGAGGGAAAUCUACUGGUUGGUGGGAAGCUGGAGAAGAGUCACAUCAACUCCAGGGUGGUGAGUGGGGCCGUCGGAGACGGGAGCCCCGUUCAUCUCUCCAGCCCCGCAAACUUCACCCUGCGACAUAAACAGGCCAAAAAAGAGGAGGAAGAGGCUCUCUGCGUCUACUGGAAAGUGGUGGCCGAGAACGGCAGCUGGUCUCCAGACGGCUGCACCGCCGUGCACACGAACAGCACUCACACCACCUGCAGCUGUGACCAUCUCUCCAGCUUCGCCGUCCUAAUGGCUCCCACCGCAGUGACGGAGAGCUACCCACUGACCAUCAUCACCUACGUGGGACUGACCCUCUCCCUGCUGUGCCUCCUCCUCGCCAUCCUCACCUUCCUCCUGUGCCGCUCCAUCCGCAACGUCAGCACCUCCCUCCACCUGCAGCUCUGCCUCUGCCUCUUCCUGGCCGACCUGCUCUUCCUCACCGUGGUGACCCGCCCCGGCAGUCAGGUGGCGUGUGCUGUCAUUGCUGGCCUCCUGCACUACCUCUUCCUGGCCUGCUUCAGCUGGAUGUUCCUGGAGGGGCUGCACCUCUUCCUCACCGUCUGGAACCUGCAGGUCGUGAAUUACACCAGCGCCAGCCGGUUCAAGAAGAGAUUCAUGUACCUGUUCGGCUACGGAUUCCCAGCCCUGGUGGUGGCUAUUUCUGCAGCGGUGAAUCCUGAAGGCUAUGGAACUUACACACACUGCUGGCUUAGCCUGAACAGAGACUUUCAUUGGAGCUUCCUGGGACCAGUCUGUGCCAUAAUCCUGAUAAAUAUAACGUUCUUUGUCCUUACCCUGUGGAUCCUGAGAAACAAACUCUCCUCCCUCAAUGCAGAUGUGUCCACCCUCAGAGACCACAGGUUACUGACCUUUAAAGCCAUCGCCCAGCUCUUCAUUCUGGGCUGCACAUGGAUCCUUGGUCUCCUCCAAGUCGGCCCAGCAGCCACGGCCAUGGCGUAUUUAUUCACCAUCGUCAACAGCCUGCAGGGAGCAUUCAUCUUCCUGGUGCACUGUCUCCUCAAUCGCCAGGUGAGAGAGGAGUACAGGAGAUGGAUCAAGGGAUUCCGAACAUUCAGCACGAAAUCUCAGACAUACGAUCUGUCCAUGUCUGCUGUCCCCACCACCAGCACCAAGACGGAUUGUCAGUGCAGACGGAUUAUUCCCGAUGAGCAGUCAGCACCGUGAAGAAUUGCCCUUGGCUCCAUUAUCCCUGUGGGUCAGGAUCCAGGGGCUCUGUGCGUCACCUCCCAGAUUCAACACACUGGUUUGCACAUUACACUCUUAGUGGCUUUGGAACCUACUGUCAUUUUUCUGCUUUUCUUGCCAGGACUAACCUUUCUCCCAGGUGGAGGCGGCAGCAACCCAGUCCGGGUUCAAUACCUAGGGGGUUCCAAUACAAAACAGAACCAGCUGGAGCUCUCACCCAGUAAUCUGGGAAAACUUCAGACCACCCCAGGUGCCUCCGAGAAGCAAUACGUCCCCUCUCAGAAGCACUGAGUCUCUGUAUA